GGCGCUUUUCAGACCGCCAUGAAAUCGUCAUAACUAGGCUUGACAUUUCGUUGCUCCCUUCACAAACAUGUCGACCCCAUCUAAACCCCCAAAGGCUAUCCUUUUCGACAUAGGCGGUGUAGUGGUUGUCAGCCCUUUCCAAGCGAUCCUCGACUAUGAGAUCGAGAACAAGAUCCCAGUUGGCUAUAUCAACUAUGCGAUUCAAAAAGGACCCCACGACACAGGCGCAUGGCAGCUGAUUGAACGGGGCGAAGUCGAACUCAAUGACGCCUGGUUCGCAUCGUUUAAGCAGCAGCUUUCGCGCCCCGAAGUAUGGUCCGAAUAUCUGCAAAAGCUGUCCAAAAAGCAAAGCGUAGGGGGCGGUCAGGCUGUUGUUGGAGGAACACCGGCAGUGCCCAACAUUGAUGCCAAGAGGCUGUUCUGGCGUAUGAUGAAGAUCAGUCGCACGCCGGAUCCAUACAUGUACCCUGCGCUGCGCAAGCUGGGAGAGAGCGGGAAAUUCGUACUUGGCGCUUUCAGUAAUAAUGUCACAUUUCCCACUGGCAUCCUGGACGAUGAAGGCACCCUUUUCACAAAGGAAAUCGUACAUGCGCCGCCGCCGAAUCCUUACGCAAAUGAUUCUGUAGACAUCACCUCAUUUUUCGACAUCUUCCUCGGCUCGGCUGCCGUUGGUGUACGGAAACCCGAUCCCGAGGCAUACAAACUGGCGGUAAGAGAGAUGGAUAAGAUUGCAAAGAAAAAGGGUAUGGGAGAAGUGACGGCGGGUGAUACGCUCUUCUUGGAUGAUAUUGGAAUCAAUCUAAAGUUUGCGAAGAAGACGGGACUUAGGACUAUCAAGGUCAAUCUAGGCAAGACAAAGCAGGCAGUGAUGGAGUUGGAAGAGGCUGUUGGUAUACCGUUAUUGGAUGAGAAAGCUAAGUUGUGAGAAUGGGUUUGAGCUACCCCAUGAUUCAUGUUUAAUAGCUACAAUUAGAACAUUUGCUCUAGCUGUGUCAUAUCCACUUACAUAUUUUAGGAUGUGUGUCUGCGAACUUGUCAACAAUAUGACUUUUCAAGACUAUUACAUCGCCUGCCAACUUAAUUUGUUUGACAAUCGC